UCCAUCGAAUAAGGAAGGGGACGUCAUCUUAAACUGUGAGUUGGAAGGGGUGUCAGAGUUUUUCAAUAUGUCGUGGAUAAGGGAAGGUGAAUUGAACCUCAUUGAGAAGCUCUCAGCCAACAUACUGAAGGCUGGCCCGAUGCCCAAACAUGUGGCCUUUAUCAUGGAUGGCAACCGGCGCUAUGCCCGCAAGCGUCAUGUGGAGCGCCAAGAGGGACACACACAGGGUUUUGACAAACUGGCAGAGACACUACGCUGGUGCCUGAACCUGAGCAUCCAUGAGGUCACUGUGUACGCCUUCAGCAUCGAGAACUUCAAGCGGUCUAAAGACGAGGUGGACGGCCUGAUGGAGCUGGCCAAGCAGAAGUUCAUCAGACUGCUACAAGAACAGGAGAAUCUGGAGAAGCAUGGGGUGUGCAUUCGGGUGUUGGGAGAUCUGACUCUACUGCCUCUGGACCUGCAGCAGCACAUAGCCCGGGCUGUGGUGGCCACCAGGACUCAUAACAAAUGCUUUCUGAACGUGUGCUUUGCCUACACCUCAAGACAUGAAAUCGCUAAUGCCGUCAGAGAGAUGGCUUGGGGCGUGGAGCAGGGACUUAUCAAAUCCAGUGAUGUGUCGGAGGCCCUGCUGGGUCAUUGUCUGUACAGCAGUAACUCCCCCAAUCCUGAUCUGCUCAUUCGCACGUCUGGAGAGGUGCGACUCAGUGACUUCCUGCUGUGGCAGACGUCCCACUCCUGCUUAGUGUUCCAGUCAGUCCUGUGGCCAGAGUACUCCUUCUGGAAUCUGUGUGAUGCCAUUCUGCAGUAUCAGCUCAAUCACAGACCUCUUCAGAAAGCCAGAGAUCAACACAGAGAGGGACAGGCCCUACAGCAGCAUGAGGCAGACCGGGCCUGUGUUGCAGACCUCCUACAGCACCACGGCAAUGGAAAGCCCCUGGAUGCCCAGAGGAGACAGGAAGCACUGCUCAACUAUACUGCCAGCCGAGAGGAACGGGUUCAGGACUUCCUUGGUGCACUCCAGCACAAGAGAGACUCCUUCCUCACUGACUUAACCAGCCAAGCUGCUCUGGCAUGAAGAGGGGAUGAGGGGAACACAAUGCUCCCCAUCUUGAAUUGGGGGAGCAAUCACAUCUCUCCAUCUCUUCCCUAAAGGGCUGAGUGGUUUGAAACUUCUUAUUUUGUACGAGUGAUUUUACCCCUAUGGGGCUAUAUGUGGGAUAUUUAUGUGUGUAUUCUAAGUCUGAUCAAAGUCUAAUAAAAAGAUACGUCUGGUAAAGA